GCCACAAGAGGUUAAACUUCUGACAAUAUAUAAAUAAAAGAGUCAGAAAGGAACGCAAGACAAAGCAAAAGCAGCUGCUGUUUCCAAUCUGAGGUUAUUGAUCUUGCAAGCAAGAGAACAAGCUCUGCAGAAAGAAAAGUUGGAUCAAAAUGGAUCAGCAAGGGUAUGGGACAAAUCCAUAUCAACCAAACCAAAUGCCUGCUGCCUCAAAUCCUGGAUCAGUUACUGGUCAGCCUGCAGGAGCUCAGCUUGAACAGCAUCAACUUGCCUAUCAGCAGAUCCACCAGCAACAGCAACAGCAACUCCAGCAACAACGCCAGUCUUUUUGGACAAAUCAGUAUAAAGAAAUAGACAAAGUUACUGAUUUCAAAAAUCAUAGUCUUCCCUUGGCAAGGAUCAAGAAGAUCAUGAAGGCUGAUGAGGAUGUCAAGAUGAUAUCAGCUGAGGCACCAGUUAUAUUCGCCAGGGCUUGUGAAAUGUUUAUUUUAGAGUUGACCUUGCAGUCUUGGAAUCACACGGAGGAGAACAAGAGGAGGACACUUCAGAAGAAUGAUAUUGCUGCAGCUAUCACUAGGACUGAUAUCUUUGAUUUCCUGGUUGACAUUGUACCUAGGGAGGAUAUGAAAGAUGAAGUGCUUGCAUCAAUCCCAAGAGGACCAAUGCCUGUUGGAGGGCCUGUUGAUGCACUCCCUUACUGCUAUAUGCCACAUCCGCAUGCACCUCAGGUCGGGACUCCUGGGAUGAUAAUGGGCAAGCCUGUGACAGACCCAGCUAUGUAUGCCCAACAAUCUCACCCCUACAUGGCACAGCAUAUGUGGCCACAGGGACCAGAGCAGCAGCAGUCACCCUCAGAUCAGUAGUAACUGGAGCAUGGAAGUUCAGAAGUGUAAGCUCACUUUAACUUAUCUACCGCUGGUUUGUGUUUGAUGACCGAGACCAGGGUGAUCAGAUGAGUAUGUUGUACAGGAAUGCUUUCAUGUAACUGAUAGUGCCAAUAUUUCUUGCCUUUCUACCAGAUUUUAGUACGCAUAUCAUACUCCUUUUCUAGUAAAAACCAUAUAUGGAGAUGACAGUCGAUGUUGAAAAUUUCAGUAAUGGUGUCAUGUAAUGACCAGACGUUGUUGUUGUUUUUUUCCCUUUCCUAUAUGUACGUGAUAAUUGAUGAGCCAUGAACAUCAUCCUUCUGUUAUGGUAUGUGAACUAUGGUUGCUCA